UUUGAAAUCAUUUUGUGCAUCAACAAAGGUAAUGUUGAUUACUUGACUUGAUUAACAUUUGUUCUGAUCAAAAGGUUUAGUUGGUUGUGAUUGAUAACCAGGAUCUUACCUUUUCAGGAUAGGAAGUCAGGGACGUCUGAACGGAUUACUCGAGCACUACAGAGAGCAUGGUAUUUCGCCUAAGGAGAAAAAAUCUGGUGGUCGAAAAAACAAUAAGAACUCGUUUACCUUCGAAGAUGCCAAAAGUUGCUCGGUUUCUGACGAAUUAUGCUACCGAACAUGCGUUGAUUCUGCCUGGUCGAGUUCCAGGGUUCAAGCGAGAUGACAUGCAACUCCUACCAUCGUCACACACAAAGAUUUCUGUGUACAAUUGCUACAGAAAAUCUCUUGAGGAAACAGAAUGCCGGAGUAUGGGAUCUAGCAGUUUUUUUGACGUCUGGAAGCAGCUCUGUCCUUUCAUCAUAGUGUGCAAGCCCAUGACUGAUCUUUGCUGGACAUGCCAGAACAAUAACAGUCUUAUCUUCAAGAGUGCCAACAUGAACGAGGGAGAUAAAUGCGAGCACAUCCGACUUCAGGAGAAGCAUCUGCAGAUCGUGCAUUGUGAAAGGUCCCUGUAUAACAACAUGAUCCAUGAGGCUAAAAAGGCUUGUAAAGACAAUGACAUUCUGGAACUGGCACCAAAUGCUCCCUGCAGUCGCAACAUCAGAAUGCACUACUCAUUCGAUUAUGCCCAGCAAGUUCACCUGCCGAGUAACCCCUUACAGCCUGGCCCCAUUUAUUUCCUAGUCCCUAGGAGGUAUGGCCUAUUUGGGGUCUGCUGUGAGGGGCUUCCUCGACAGGUGAACUUUCUGAUUGAUGAAGCUCAUCUGAUCAGCAAAGGCUCAAAUGCAGUGAUCUCUUUCCUGCACUACUUCUUCAGCAAUUAUGGCAUUGGAGAAUCAGACCUUGAUCUCCACUGCGAUAAUUGCUCAGGACAAAACAAAAAUCGUUACGUCCUAUGGUAUUUUGCAUGGAGAGUGGCAACAGGCUUGCACAAGUCCGUUACCCUCAACUUCCUAAUUGCCGGGCACACUAAAUUUGCGCCUGACUGGUGUUUUGGGCUUUUGAAAAGAGCAUUUAAGCGACAUGUGGUGCCAUCGCAGAGUGUGCUUGCUGAUGUUGUGAAUGGCAGUUCCUCAGUCAACAUUGCCCAGGUGGUUGGAAGGGAGAAUGGUGCUUCUGAAGUCCCUGUGAGCAAUUGGCAGAACUUCUUCAAUGGUGCUUGCAAACCAGUCCCUGGAAUCAAGAAGUAUCAGCAUUUUAGGUUUGACGCGGACUACCCAGGCAUGGUCUUUGUGAAAACUGAAACGGACAGCGAGGAGUUCGAGUUCUCCAUUCUCCUCCCAGGAAUGGACUUUCCCCAGGGACAGCCAGAGGGGAUCGAUCCACUUGGUCUUCCUCUUCAGAGGCGACAAUAUCUCUACAAAAGCGUCCGUCAGUUUGUAGAUGAUCCGUACAAAGAUGUUGUAUGUCCAAGGCCCGACGUGAUUGCUGCAGAUGAUUCAGAUGCAGAAGGUGCAGAGAUUGGAAAUGUGAAUGUUAGACUUGAAGUUGUUGAACAGUUAGGGGAACAGGAUGUUGUGAAUGGAAGGGGUCGUGGCAAUGGCAGACGGGGUCGUGGAGCCGGGCGAGGUCAUGGUGGUGGGCGUGGCCGGGGUGGUGGGCGUGGCCGUGGGCGUGGUGGUGGGCGUGGCCGGGAGAGGAGCCGCAGUCCUCACAAGAGAAUAGGAUUAUCAAUUAUGUGA